UCUCCUGGUGGUCUCGUCUCCCUAGUUUUGAAAUGUUUUCCCAAGUGCCGAACAUCAAGCCUACAGUGUAGUCCUCUCCUUUGUGUGUCCUCUCUCUCUCCCGCCACAGAAGGCUUUGACGCCUGGGUGAAAGAAUGUGACGGAGGCAACGGCUGGAAAAUCGAGCAGCUUCCGGGAAAUCACGGAAGAAAUAUCCCCCUUCCGCAUGUUCGGAAAUAUUUUGUGACGUCCUACGAGUCAUGCAUGAAGCAUCAGAUGAUCACCUUACGGGAUCACGGCUACUGGGAUCAAUUGAUGGACGAAGCCCGGCCUGAUAUCGUGGUGAGCGACUGGUACGCUGCGCGUUUCGACUGCGGCUGCCAGUACCACCUCUGUGUGAGGCUCCUGUCCAAAGACUACAUUGUUCUCCAGGAGUUUCUGCCGGAACCGGUUGUGAUCGAACAGUGGAGCGAUGCAGAAUGGCGCAAGGUGUCACACACGUUUCACAACUACCCUGCUGGCGUCCGCUACAUCUUAUUUGAACAUGGAGGCCAGGAUACGCUAUACUGGCAAGGCUGGUACGGGGUCAGAGUGACCAACAGCAGCCUCACCCUGGGCCCCCUAGUGGCAGAUUGAUGGCAAAGGGCUGCUUCGGUUGGGAUAGGACUGCAACUCCCAUUGUCCCCAGCCAAGUGGCUCCGGGGAAGGGCAGCCUAACCCUUGGACAUGGAAAGGAAGGAUUUGAAUUGUAGUCACUCCAAAGCUACAUCCCCUGGGUAUUUCUCUCUCGCUGAGAAAAAUAAACCUGCAAUUUAUUUAUUGAUAUAAACAGAUAUUUCUCUCACGCUGCUUCUUCAACUUCACUAUGUCUGGAAAAGUUGUAUUUCAUAAAAAUGUU